UUUAAAUGGAUUAUAUCUAUUUAGGGUUUUAGUAUCGUCUGUAAAAAUCAUAUUGUUUAUGUCAAAAUUCUGCCAUUUUCUAUAAUGCAAAAAUUCUCUCCAAUAGGUCCCCCAGUGGUCAGAUCCUACCAGCCUCAACCACCCAUGAUAGGGGGUGGUCCUAUAGGGGGUCCCUAUCACCACCCCCAUACCCUCAACCCUCACCCCCUCAUUUCUAACAAUAACAGCAACCAUAACGGAAAUGGCAACCUGUCAGGAUUGAGUAAUAUGGGCGGGGCUCCUCAAGCUCCACCUCCUUCGGCGCUAGUCGUAGGGGGUCAGAUGUUGCCCACUUCUAUCGUUGCCCAACACUCUCAAGGCAUGGUUCCUCUUACGCCUACAUCCCUUCUCAUGGGAUCGUCCCAGGUUCUGACCGAAUUCGUAUGCCCGCUAAGACCGAACCAUGGGAUGGAAGGCAGACCGAUCUUGCUCAGGGCCAAUCAUUUUCAAGUCCGGAUGCCGAGGGGUAACAUUCAACAUUACGACAUCAGUAUAGUCCCCGACAAAUGCCCUAGGAGAGUAAACAGGGAAAUAAUUCAAACUGCCGUCGGUAAAUACUCAAAAAUAUUCAAUGGCCAGAAGCCAGUUUUUGACGGUAAAAAAAAUUUGUACACCAGAGAUCCGUUGCCUAUUGGGAGGGAUAAGGUGGAACUCGAAGUUAUUCUCCCCGGCGAGGGAAAGGACCGCGUUUUCAAAGUUGCACUUAAAUGGACCGCCCAGGUUUCGCUCUACGCCCUGGAGGAAUGCCUCGAAGGUCGCACCCGAAAUAUACCUCAUGACGCCGUGCAAGCUCUGGACGUUGUCAUGAGGCACCUACCCAGCAUGACUUAUACGCCCGUGGGUAGGUCAUUUUUCAGUUCUCCCGCCGAUUAUUACCAUCCACUGGGUGGUGGAAGGGAGGUGUGGUUCGGAUUCCAUCAGAGCGUACGACCGUCCCAGUGGAAGAUGAUGCUCAACAUAGAUGUAUCCGCCACCGCUUUUUACAAAUCCCAGUCCGUGAUCGAUUUCAUGUGCGAAGUAUUGGACGUGCGUGAUAUUAACGAACAAAAACGCCCCCUAACCGAUGUCCAGAGGGUCAAGUUUACCAAAGAAAUUAAAGGGCUGAAGAUCGAAAUUACGCACUGCGGAGCCAUGAAGAGGAAGUAUAGGGUUUGUAACGUUACCCGAAGACCAGCACAAUUACAAUCAUUUCCACUCCAAUUAGAGAAUGGUCAGACCGUGGAAUGCACCGUGGCCAAAUAUUUCCAGGACAAAUACAAGAGAAAAUUAUUAUAUCCACAUCUACCAUGUUUACAAGUCGGGCAAGAACAAAAGCACACAUAUCUACCUCUCGAAGUAUGCAAUAUAGUAGCCGGACAAAGAUGCAUUAAAAAAUUGACCGAUAUGCAAACUUCUACCAUGAUCAAAGCUACUGCCAGAUCCGCUCCCGACAGAGAAAAAGAAAUAAACAAUUUGAUCGUGAAAGCCGAUUUUAACAAUGACAUAUUCAUACAAGAUUUUGGCGUUAGCGUGGUUAACCAAAUGACGGAGGUUAGAGGAAGAGUAUUGCCACCACCCAAAAUACAAUACGGAGGAAGGACCAAACAACAGGCCAUACCAAAUCAGGGCGUUUGGGACAUGAGGGGUAAACAAUUUCAUACAGGCAUCGAGAUUAGGGUCUGGGCUAUCGCGUGUUUUGCCCCUCAAAAGACCUGUCGUGAGGACGCCCUGAGGAACUUUACCCAACAAUUGCAAAAAAUCUCUAACGAUGCUGGAAUGCCCAUUAUAGGUCAACCCUGCUUUUGCAAAUACGCUACCGGUCCGGAACAAGUGGAACCAAUGUUCCGGUUUCUCAAAACGACAUUCCAAGGCUUACAACUGGUCGUAGUAGUUUUACCAGGCAAAACGCCUGUUUAUGCCGAAGUUAAGCGAGUCGGCGACACCCUUCUCGGUAUGGCCACGCAAUGUGUUCAGGCCAAAAAUGUCAACAAAACUUCACCCCAGACCCUCUCCAACUUAUGUCUCAAGAUAAAUGUCAAGUUGGGAGGUAUUAACAACAUACUCGUCCCCAAUAUAAGGCCAAAGGUUUUCAACGAGCCCGUUAUAUUUUUGGGCGCUGAUGUGACACACCCGCCAGCUGGGGACAGCAAAAAACCUUCCAUAGCCGCCUUGGUAGGCAGUAUGGACGCCCACCCUUCAAGAUAUGCUGCAUCAGUUAGGAUUCAAACUCACAGACAAGAAAUAAUUACCGAUUUAUCUAAAAUGGUCAAGGAGUUACUAAUUCAAUUUUACAGGUCAACGAGGUUCAAGCCAACUCGUAUCAUAUUUUAUAGGGAUGGAGUGAGCGAGGGUCAAUUUAACCAGGUUUUGCAGCACGAACUUCGCGCACUUAGGGAAGCCUGCAUGAAAUUAGAGGUGGGUUAUCAGCCAGGUAUAACCUUCAUAGUCGUUCAAAAAAGACAUCACACCCGUCUAUUCUGCGCCGACAAAAAAGAACAGAUUGGGAAAAGUGGUAACAUUCCUGCCGGCACUACUGUAGACGUGGGUAUAACUCACCCAACAGAAUUCGAUUUUUACCUUUGUAGUCAUGCCGGAAUACAGGGCACGAGUCGACCAUCCCACUACCACGUCUUGUGGGACGACAACCUGUUCAACUCGGACGAACUCCAACAAUUGACCUACCAAUUGUGUCACACUUACGUGAGGUGCACUCGUAGUGUGAGCAUACCCGCCCCAGCUUAUUACGCCCAUUUGGUAGCCUUUAGGGCUCGGUACCAUCUCAUUGACAAGGACCACGAAUUAGCCGAAGCAUGCCAACAAGCCUCGGAAAUGGGGUUUACUCGUCCCAUAGCCGUCCACGUCGAUACCAACAAAGUCAUGUACUUUGCCUGAAUUUAUAUUUAUUAUAAAAAUAGCAUAAUUUCCCAUUUAUCCAAAAAUUGAACCCCAAUUAUAUGUAUUUAUUCUAUCCUUGUCAUUUUCUCACUCCCUCAGACCAGAAAUUGUUAAUUCUUACACGUUUUUAUUUAACCCAUUUUGCUCACUGUUCCACUCAUGUAACAUGGUAAUAGAAACUAAAAGAAUUACGAUUUUAUCGAUAACCCCUGUGUAUUAAGAAGUGCUUUACAUUGCCAAUAAUAGUUUGUCAAAAAAAUUCCUAUAAUAUAUGUAAUCAAACAACUAAUUAUUUUUUGAUGCUUAAAAAAACAUCAUUGUAAAUAAUAAAAUUUCUUGGAAUUUUUCACUGCAAAUGAAAAAAUUGGAAAAUGAACUAUUCCAUUUGCAAAUGCUUUAUAGAUGGAUAUCCAAUAUCUCGAAAAUAAAGAAAUAUUUACGGAAAGAAUUAAUAAAUAAAAAAAUAUAUGUAAAAACGGGUUAAGAAUAUGUUUUUAAAAGUUAUAACUACCUAUUUUGUGCGAAUCAGUAGUAGACAGGAAACUUUUUAUGAAGGAGGAAAUAAUUUCUUAAUUCUAGACGUUAACGAUAGACUUUGCGGUUUAAAAAAUCAUACAUUUAAACAUUCGUUCUUCCAAGUCUACAUUAAGAAGGAGUAAGCACAACCAGUUUUUUAGCCUUUUUUCUUUCUCUUCAUGACACAAAAAUACGAUGCAAUUUAUUUAUGCUCUUUUUUUAAUAAAAAAUUAAUAUUAUAUAAAUAACUAAUUUAUUAUAAUCACUUAAACAAAUUUUUUUUUAGCUCUAAAUUAUAAUUUAUAAACCAAAAUCAUGUUUAUCCCGCGUAUUUUAUUAGCCCCACAAAAUGCAUUAUU